GGCGGGGUAGCGGCUGCAGCCCGGGCGCCUGCGCACUGGCGCGGCUGCGCCUCGGCGAGGGGGAGCCGGCGGCGGGCGGGAAGGGCUGUGCCGUGGUGCUGGAUGUCGGUGUGCUUGAGGUUCCGCUAAUACUGCCGGGCUUUUACGGGCUGGAUAUCUAAGAAAAAAUGGCAGAUCCUUGGCAGGAAUGUAUGGAUUAUGCAAUUGCUUUAGCAAGGAAAGCUGGGGAGAUAAUCCGUGAAGCACUCAAAGAAGAAAUAUCUGUUAUGACUAAAAGCUCACCAGUAGAUCUAGUGACAGAAACUGAUCAAAAAGUAGAAAACUUCAUUAUUUCUUCGAUAAAAGAAAAGUAUCCUUCUCACAGCUUCAUCGGAGAAGAAUCUGUUGCAGCUGGAGAGGGCAGCAUUUUGACAGAUAACCCUACAUGGAUUAUAGACCCUAUCGACGGAACUACCAACUUCGUACACAGGUUUCCAUUUGUGGCAGUUUCAAUUGGCUUUGUUGUAAACAAAAAGAUAGAAUUUGGAAUUGUGUAUAGUUGUAUAGAAGACAAGAUGUAUACUGCCAGAAAAGGAAAAGGUGCAUUCUGCAAUGGUCAAAAACUUCAAGUAUCGGGCCAAGAAGACAUUACAAAGUCCCUUUUGGUAACAGAAUUGGGAUCCAAUCGUGAUCCAGAGACUACAAAAAUAAUUCUUUCUAACAUGGAAAGACUUCUCAGUAUUCCCAUUCAUGGGAUUAGAGCUGUUGGUACAGCAGCUGUGAACAUGUGCCUUGUGGCAACCGGUGGAGCUGAUGCCUAUUAUGAAAUGGGGAUUCACUGCUGGGAUAUGGCAGGGGCUGGAAUCAUUAUUACUGAAGCAGGCGGAGUACUGCUAGAUGUAUCAGGUGGACCAUUUGAUUUGAUGUCUCGAAGAAUAAUUGCAGCAAGUAGUCGAGCUAUAGGAGAGAGAAUAGCCAAAGCACUUCAAAUAAUUCCUCUGAAAAGGGAUGAUGCAACUAACUGAAUACCAAAACUUCACCUUAAAUGUAAUUAUAUAAUGUUGUCUCAUACUCCCAUGUGUUGGUUGUUCUGUACCUCGAAUGUGAUAAAAAGAUAGAUAAGUAGGUGAUAGUCUUUCAGUACUGGUGUGACUACUAAAUAGUGUUUUGAGAUUGGACCAAUAUUCUAAGUAAGCUUUUACUGUUAAGUAUUUUAUUUAACAUCACAAUUACACAGAUAUCUCUAAAAAGAAGCAAAUAUAUACAGGUAAUAUUUUAAAGUUUUGUGUUACACUGGAAGGCAUAGCAAGAGACUGUUUGAUGUAUAGAUAAAUAAAAAUCUCUAGUUGACAAAACAAAAUUCACUGUCUUAACACCACAUCAUCGUAUCGAUCCUGAACCCCAAAAGACAAAGGCAUUACUAUUGAUCCAGUCCAUCUCAUCUGUUUUCUUUGAUGUCACCAGUUUAUCCAUUUCCUUAAUUUGUUACAGAUUUUUGUAGAGGUAACUGAUACAUUUGCAAAUUUUUUUUAGUUGCUUGUAAUUUUGUCUCUGAUUUAAAGCCUUCAUUACUUAUCUGUCAUUGGUUUUGUAGUCAGCAUUGUAGCUUUCUUACAGUAGAUAAACACAAUCUCUUCUUUAGCCCUUUAUGUGGCCAGUAUCCAUGUAAGUUCCUUACAGUUGGCAAAAAUUAAAAUAGUUACUGUGCCAGAAAAUAUGUGCAUCUCCCAGAAAUAAGUUCUGAGCACACCUUCUAUCACUAGUUGAUUUACCAUAAUUUAAAAUGAAGUAUGAUUUGCAUUUGACCAUUCUGAUCAGCUGGUACUAGGUCCUCUUAUUCUUGGCAGUUACAAUUCCUGUUAAUUUUGCGUGGGUUUCUCCGUGAAUGAGUGUGUUUCAAAGUCUAAGGAAUCAUUAAAAUCCAAGAGAGUUUUCAGUAACUCAGCUGAUAAAAGAAUAAGCACAUAGUCCAGAUGUUUUACAUCAUCUUCUGUAAAUUAUAAAAGCAGCGACCAACCAGGAUCAGGUUUCCAUUGUGUUAUGGAGUGUACAGGCACAAAAGAAGAUACGUAUCUAAACGUAUCUUUAUAAAUCUAAGAAACAGUAGUAAUCUCGUUCUUGUUGUCAGUUGUUCUGAACUUUGAAAACUAUACUGGUUCUUUGAAUUUUUGUGUAUGAGUGUUAAAAGUAUCAGUACACUGUUCAAAUAAUUAAUGCACUUUAAAAAAAGAUUUAACUUAAGUCGGUUUUUAGACUGAUUUUUCAGUGUCUAAAGUUUCCUAAAGAAAGUUGUAUCAUUCAUGAUCCAGUGAAGACAGCAAUGCUUUGAAAAAACCUGACUUUUUUACUGCUGUCCCACUAUUUUUAAUUUGGAGAAUGGUGUUCUCUGCCUUGAUGUUUCAACAGAUCUCUUAUUAUAAAUUUCAGUCUUUUAUAUGAGUUUAUUUUUGCAUAUUUUGCAGAAAUAUUUAAUUUGAAGUUGUAUAUGAUGCCAGAUGAUCAAUGUUAAUGAGAUCAGCCUGCUAUUUAAAGGUCUUGUCAAAAAAACAGACUUAAUUUUGCUUUUUAAAUUCCGGUUGACAAGGAUAGAAACUUUUUGAGCAUUUCAAUGUAACUUUGUUGCUGUAAAUGAUGAGGGAUCGUCAUUAUUUCUUGAGAAGUGUCUCCUGUACCAUUUCUGUGGCUUUUGUAUAACAAAUUCUGUGUAACUUCUAAAAACUGAUUUAUUUGCGAAAUAGAAACAUGUCUAAAAAAUACUUGAGAUGGGAGAACACAUUCAAAAUAAAUAUGUUGUAGCAGCAGCA